AUGGGAGUAAAACAAUUGUUGCCUUUUGUAGAGAAAGCUUGUCGACCAGUAAGUUUUGUCAGGUUGUUAAUUGAACUUGAAGUUUAGUUGUCAUUUUAUGGUUUUAGUGUCAUGUAGAAGAGUUUGCCGGCAAGAGAAUAGGUAUUGAUGUCAGUUGCUUAUUACACAGAGGUGUUUUUGGAUGUGUGGAGAUGAUUGCUAAAGGAUUGAAGACUAAUUUGUAAGUUUUUUUGUUAAUAUUGAAUUGUGUAGUCAAUAUUAUAAAGUGUUAAUAAAAGACCCUAUUGUUAAAUGUAAAUAUAGUUUUAACAAAAAACUGGAGAAAAUAUCUAUGAUAAUACUGUUCUAGUUGUAUCAAGUACGUUGAGAAGUAUUUGAAGGUGCUGUUUCACUAUGAAAUGGAAGUUUAUCUUAUCUUUGAUGGCAAAAGUUUGGGAGCCAAACAGGUAAGUAUUUAAAACCUUUAUUGUUUUAUGUUUAGACCUUACAACUGUUUAACAUAAUGGACAUCAAGUUUAUUUAUUACAGCUUGUAAAUAGCGAGAGAAAAGAGAAGCGACAGAGUAAUCAGAGAAUGGGGGAUGAAUUGAUGGCUGUAGGUCUAGAGGAAGAAGCCUACAAAGUAUUCCGUCAAGGCAUUGGAGUCCCAAAAGAGAUUCAAGAUGAGGCGAUCAGACAUUUUAAAGAGCAUAAUAAUGUCAAAGUCAUCAUUUCUCCGCAUGAAUCUGAUGCUCAGCUGGCCUUCAUGAUUCAGAAUGAUAUUGUUGACCUUGUUGUUACCGAAGACUCGGAUUUGAUUGUUUUUGGAGCUUCUAAGGUGAGAAUGUUUAGAAGUAUAUUUUUUACAGCUGUUGAACUGUUUUUGAACUUUUAUUAGUUUUAUAUUUUUUUUUAUUACCCAUUGAUACUUAAGAUACUACCAUUAAGUUGUGAUUUGUGCUGUUUAUGUGUACUAUUAUUUUUAGAUAUUAUUCAAAUUGAAAGAAAAUGGCACAGGUACCUUGUUUGAGCAAGAAAAGCUGCCAAGGUGUAUGUGUUUGUCUCUUUCAAAGAACUUCAAGAUGGAAACCUUCAGAAGAAUGUGUAUCAUGAGUGGAUGUGAUUACUUGCCUUCAGGUCUGAAUGGAGUCGGACUCAAAAAAGCGGAAAGUUUACUUUCUAGAACAUGUAUUACUGAUAUGAAACUGGUAAGUGAAAGAUGAGUGUUUUUUAUUAUUUACAUGAUAUGUAGUUAUUACCAUGAUAUUUAGAUAUUUGAAAGCACUGGAGGUGUGUUAUAUGAUGAUUACUGACGUAUAAUUUUAGUUACUACCAAAAGCACCGAUGUACCUCAACAACCGAUCUCUCAAGAUUACUCCAGACCUCAUUCAGAAGUUCAUUCAAGCUGAGAAUACAUUUAUCUAUCAAAUUGUUUAUGACCCUGUGUAAGUUGUUGUUUAUUUACAGAACAACUUUACAUCCGGCUUACCUAGCAUGACUUUAAAGUGAUAAAACAUGUAUUUUUAAUGGUUUUUGAUGUUUACUUUCAGAAAUAAGUGUCAAAGACCAAUCAAUUUGUAUCCGAAUACUGAAAUCGCAGAUUACAUAGAGGUAUGAUACUUUUUUGGGUAUCAUUAAACUGGGUAAUAAAACAUAGAAAGAAUGUUGCUUCAUCACAUGGUACUUACUGUCCUAUAAUUACCAAAAAAAUUAUAUUAUUAUGCUUAUUAACCUCAGCUGUUAGCACUUUUUCUAACGUUUAUCAUCUUUUCAGUACACAGACAAAGUAAAAGAGUUGUCGAGUCAAUAUGCAUACGCUGGCACAAUACUUCCACCGUCAGAAGCUGUGAAGGCGGCAAAUGGAGACUUGAUACCAGAAGCCGACGAUACUACCACUACUGAUUCUCAAGUGUUGAAGUCGGUCCAGAAUAAUAUCGAAAUGAAGUCUCAGUCUCCGAAUCUGGUGUCUCCAAGGGUUUCUGCCCUAAGGGCGUCCCUCUCGAGGUCGAAGUCUCAGCCUUCGUUGAAGGCUUCUCCGCUUCUGAAUAUGAAGCGACAACGUCCUACUGGAAUGUUUUCUCCCAAAGUCACGAAGCGGAGGAUUACUGUAGAUGAGAAGGGAGGAAUUACAUUUAAUGUCACCGGACCUUUAGAAGACAAGAGUGCUACAUGCGGGAGUACGGAGGCUAAAGUUAGUACUACAAUAAUGGAGACUAAAAAGAAAGUUGUUGUAGACGAAACGAUUGACUUGUCAAAGGUUAAUGCAAAGUAAGUUGUCAUUUUAUUAUUGAUUACGGUUUUUACAUUAAGGUAGGUAUAAGAGUACAACAAUCACUUUAAAUUUUAAUAAUAAGACGGUUAAAGAAAUAAAACAAGCCACUGUUACCUACAUUUGCCAAAGCAAUUAUUGCUUUAAAACUAUAGAUUUACUAGAUAUUCUGUAGAUAUAUACAACAUGUUUGUUUCAGAAAGAUCAUAAACCCGUUGUCUUCAGUGUCGUAUACGAAGGUGCAGAUCACGAACGUGAAGGUGAAUCGACAGUUCGUGUCACCUCUAAUUCGACGACCGUUCGCUCCGGUCGAUUCGAUGAAACCCGCGGCAACACAUCCGACAUUUCUGUAA